AUGGAGAAUGAAAGGAAUGUGACUGUAUUCAUUUUAGUAGGUCUUACACAGAACCCCCAAAUGCAAAAAGUAGUGUUUGUAGUAUUUUUGGUUUUAUACGUGGUGACUCUCUCAGGAAACCUGCUCACUGUGGUUGCCAUCACCACCAGCCCUUCUCUGAGCUCCCCCAUGUACUUCUUCCUGGCCCACCUUUCCUUGAUAGACAUGACUUAUUCUUCUUCUUCAGCUCCAAAGCUGAUCAUGGACUCCCUUCAUGAAACGAAGAUGAUCUCCUUCAAUGGGUGUAUGGCUCAAGUCUAUGCAGAACACAUUUUUGGUGCUACUGAGAUCAUCCUGCUCACAGUGAUGGCCUAUGACCGCUACGUGGCCAUCUGCAAACCUCUGCGCUACACCACCACCAUGAGCCACAGGCUAUGCACCCUUCUGCUGGGCAUGGCCUGGUCUGGAGGAUUUCUCCACGCAACUGUUCAGGUCCUCUUUGCAGUCUGGCUGCCCUUCUGUGGCCCCAAUGUCAUAGAUCACUUCAUGUGCGACUUGUACCCUUUGUUGAAACUUGUCUGCAUGGACACUCACACCCUUGGUUUCUUUGUUGCUGCCAACAGUGGGUUUAUCUGCCUGUUAAACUUCCUCCUCCUGUUGGUCUCCUAUGUGUUCAUCUUGUGCUCCCUGAAGACCUACAGCUUGGAGGGGAGACGCAAAGCCCUUUCUACCUGUGUCUCUCACAUCACCGUAGUUGUCUUAUUCUUUGUGCCCUGCAUAUUUGUGUAUCUUCGCCCAGUCACCACUUUGCCCAUUGAUAAAGCUGUUGCUGUCUUUUAUACUAUGGUGGCCCCUAUGUUAAAUCCUUUAAUAUACACCCUCAGAAAUGCUGAGGUAAAAAACACUCUGAGGAAACUCUGGAAGAAAAAAGUGACUUCAGAUAAUGAUUAA